AUGUUUGUGACUGUUCUUCGCUUGAUAUUCUCAUUUAUAUUUACUACUACCCUGCAAAGCAAUAUAUUAACUACGGGUCGUCCCAAUUUUCUUAUCAUCGUUGCUGAUGAUCUUGGCUAUUCAGACAGUUCACCAUACGGAUCCGAAAUAUCCACACCCAACCUCGAAUCCCUCGCUUCUGAUGGCGGGACUCUUUUUACCGAUUUUCACACGGCUUCAGCAUGUUCUCCCACACGUUCGAUGUUGUUCAGUGGAACCGAUCAUCAUCUGGCUGGUGUUGGACAAAUGCGUGAACUUAUGCAACUAUAUCCAGGAAUUUGGGACGGAAAACAAGGAUAUGAGGGAUAUUUGAACGAUCGGGUUGCCGCUCUUCCCGAGAUCCUUAGAGAUCUAGGUGGCUAUCGAACGAUGAUGGCUGGAAAAUGGCAUUUAGGAUUAACAAAGGAACGAUUUCCAUCGGAGCGAGGUUUCGAAAAGAGUUUUGCGCUGCUACCAGGUGCCGCCAAUCAUUUCAACUAUGAACCUGGAACAGCAGAACAACCAGCGAUCGGCUUUAUGCCUCCGUUGUAUGCACGAGAUGAUGUAUUUGUCAAUCAUACAACCCUGCCGGAUGACUACUAUUCAUCAGAUUAUUUCACAUCGGAAUUGAUUCGAUUUCUCGACGAAGAUGAUGAACGACCGUUCUUUGCCUAUCUUGCUUUUACCGCUCCGCAUUGGCCUUUACAAGCGCCGAAAGAAUUGAUCAAGAAGUAUAAAGGACGAUAUGAUGCAGGGCCAGAUGCGUUGCGUGCUGCCCGGCUUGAAAGCCAACGUCGGUUGGACUUGCUCUCUCCCGAUGUCGUCCCCGCAACAGUGUCAACAGAUCAGAAAUCGUGGACCUUGAUGUCGGACAAAGAGCGGGCAUUCUCGGCGAAAACAAUGGAAAUCUAUGCAGCCAUGGUUGAACGAUUGGAUUACAAUGUCGGUCGUCUAGUCGACUAUCUCCGUCGGACGAAUCAAUUCGAUAACACAUUUAUUCUUUUUAUAUCCGACAAUGGAGCGGAAGGAAGUGUACUCGAGGCACUUCCACUUCAAUCGGUUGAUAAAAGCAUCCCAUACUUUGAUAAUUCCUAUGAAAAUAUUGGUACAAAGACUUCGUUUAUUUGGUAUGGCUCGCAAUGGGCACAAGCAGCAACGGCACCAAGUCGAAUGACGAAAGGACACGUCACAGAGGGCGGAAUUCGAUGUCCAGCUAUUGUACACUAUGGUCCAUUGACGUCGACAUCGAGAAGAAUGUCGCAUGAAUUUUGUACUGUUAUGGAUAUCCUACCUACGAUACUCGAAUUAGCCGGCCUGACACAUCCAGGUACAACCUUUCAAGGUCAGCAAGUCGUUUUGCCUCGCGGAAAAUCUUGGGUGUCGCAUUUUCACUCGCAUCAACCAAUCCAUGACGAAUGCCAGGAUUUCACCGGUUGGGAGCUCUUCGGUGAACGGGCGAUCCGCCGCGGAAACUAUAAAGCUGUUUAUAUCCCAAAAGGCCCACUUCCAGAGGAGACAAAAUGGGAAUUGCACGAUUUGACACAUGACAAGGGCGAAUCAAAAGAUUUGGCAGAAGACAAGCCGGAAGUGUUGAAAGAACUGAUUGAACUAUGGGUGAAGUAUGAAAGUGAAACAGGUGUAAUCUUGGCACCAGAUCCGUAUGAACUUGGCUACGACCGAUUUUGGUCAAGAAAUAGUAGUCGAAUAGUUUUUCUAUAG